GUUUUUUCUGUGGUGAUUGACUGCUCGUUGCGUACAGCAGUACUCUAACGAUUUCACAAUGGUGAAGGAAGAGCCGAGCGAUACUUUGACGAUUGCAGCUGACGAUUAUGUUCUCGAUUCGGUGGACCCUUGCAAAGCAGAAAAAUCUGAAAUAUUGUCGUUUCAUGCAUUAUCGCCAAAACAAGAAAAUGAAACUAUACCAUCAGAGGAAAGUUUAGAUGCAAAUGUACUGAUAGAUUUUGAGUGCAAAGAUGUUAAACUUCAACCAACGUCUUUGUCGACAAAUAUUUGCAAAUCCGAGUAUCAAAGUUGUCAACCUAUUGAAAAAAUCGAAAAAGAAAAUCAGUCUGAUAGUACAAAUGAAAAUAUAUUCGUCGAUUUUGAGUGCAAAGAUGUUAAACUUCAACCAACGUCUUUGUCGACAAAUAUUUGCAAAUCCGAGUAUCAAAAUUGUCAAUCUGUUGUAAAAAUCGAAAAAGAAAAUCAGUCUGAUAGUACAAAUGAAAAUAUAUUCGUCGAUUUUGAGUGCAAAGAUGUUAAACUUCAACCGGCGUCUUUGUCAACAAAUAUUUGCAAAUCCGAGUAUCAAAGUUGUCAACCUAUUAUCGAAAAAGAAAACCAAAAUCCGCACGAUUACGUGAAUAAAAAAAAGCUUAUAAUUUUGAUAAAAAAAGGAUUUAAUUAUGAUGAUAAUUGUCGAUUGAAUGCCAACUCUCGUUUAAAACUGGUGGAAUAUUUGUCAGAAAUCAUUUGGCAGCAAGGCUCAACUGAAAACUCACGUAAAGAUAGUGCACGAUUGUAUCAAAUUCUUCGAAUGUGA